AUGAAUUCUGACUCCAGCUCUGUCUCCAGCAGAGCUUCCUCGCCAGACAUGGAUGAGAUGUAUCUGAGAGAACACCACCACCACCACCACCAUCACCACCACCAAGACAGCCGGCUCAACUCUGUCUCCUCCACCCAGAACGACCUGGUGCAGAAGAUGUCCGGAGAAGGCCUCACCAGGAACGGCUCCAAGGCCGGAGGGGAAGGCAGCAAGUACAAAAUCAAGAAGCAGCUUUCGGAGCAGGACCUGCAGCAGCUACGGCUGAAGAUCAACGGUCGGGAGCGUAAGAGGAUGCAUGACCUCAACCUCGCCAUGGACGGACUGCGGGAGGUGAUGCCCUACGCCCACGGACCUUCCGUGAGAAAACUCUCCAAAAUCGCCACCUUACUGCUAGCCAGAAACUAUAUCCUGAUGCUCACCAGCUCCCUGGAGGAGAUGAAGAGGCUGGUCGGGGAAAUCUACGGGGGGCACCACUCGGCCUUUCACUGCGGCACGGUGGGACACUCCACCGGGCACCCUCCCCACGCCGCCGGCACUGUGCACCAGGUGCACCCCAUCCUCGGCAGUGCCUUGUCCUCCGCCAACACCUCCUCCUCCCUCUCCGCCUCCCUGCCGGCCAUCGGCACGAUCCGGCCCCCACACUCCCUGCUCAAGACCCCCUCGACACCCCCCGCCCUGCAGCUCGGCAGCGGCUUCCAGCACUGGGCGGGCUUGCCGUGCCCCUGCACCAUCUGCCAGAUGCCUCCCCCGCCCCACCUCUCGGCCCUCACCGCGUCCAACAUGGCCAGGAUCUCGGGGGAGACCAAGGACCUCCUGAAGUGA